AGCAUCUGGCGCGCGUCCGCCUCCCCUUCAUCACUCCAGCCGCUCGCGCCCGCUGAGGAUGCGUGCGUCGGAGCGUCCUCGCGCCGCUCUCCCCGUCCGGAGCUCGUUUCCUCCUCUCUGAAGCAGAAAGAUUAUCUCCGCAGACGCAACAACAAUGGGAGGACUGGACGCGUGUGGCGGCUCCCGCUCCAUCUUACUAUAAUUCACACCGUCGCACUUGGCUUUAUUCCCGGCGAAAAUGGCGACGGGGGCAGGCUGGCAGCCUCCGUACAACACCUCGACUAGCAACAGCAAAUACACCCAGUCUCCAACAGGGUCCGGCAUGUUUUACGACGGGAGCUUAACGCUGGAAUACACCCCAGACCUGCACCUGAAGAUGAGCAAGAAGAUAGCCCAGCUAACAAAGGUAAUUUAUGCGCUCAACACCAAGAACGACGAACACGAGGAGGAAAUCGAGUCUCUGAAAGAAGCCCACGAGGAUGAGGUCCAACACAUAGUGACAGAAACCAGAGACAAGAUCAUGCAGUACAAGAGCAAAAUGGCGGACGAAGCGGACCUGAGGCGCCGGCUGGCCAGUCUGGAGGAAUCUGUGGAACUGCACGACCACAUGAAGAGACAGGCCUUGGCAGAGUUCGAGAUGUACAGGCAGAGGAUGGAGGACUCGCAGCUCUGCACCGAGGCCCAGCAUACCCAGAGAGUCGUUUCCAUGAGCAGAGAGGUGGAAGAGAUGCGUCGCGAUUUUGAGGAGAAGCUUCGGGUGUUCAGCCAGGCUCAGGCCCAGUUUGAGGCAGAUAAGCGGCGAGCGCUGGACGAGCUGAGGGCCACCCACCGACACGAGGUGGAGGAUCUCCGCAACAACCAGCAGAACCACACCGCCACCUCUGCCGAGGACCAGGAGAAACUGGCCGAGCUGCAUAGACAAGAGGUGGAGGCUUUGAUGGAGAGGGUGGAGCAGCUGACGAAGGAUAAGGUCCGUCUGGUGGAGGAGUACGAGGCCAAGCUGGCCAAGGCUCAGGAGUAUUACGAGCGAGAGCUGGAGGCCAUGAGGCGGACACACCAGCUGACCACAGAGAACCUGCUGGCUUGGAAAAGGACGGAGGUGGAGCUGCGGAAGGAGUUUCAGGCUCAGGAGGCGGCGCUGCAGCGGUCGCUGUCCAAGCUGAGGAGUGAGCUGCAGAAAGCUCAGGAGGAGGCCCGGGAGAACCGGGACAAAACCAACAGGCUGCAGACAUCGCUGGCCAAUGCAGAGGGAACCAUUAAGAACCUGCACAAGCAGCUGGAAGAAGCCAUCCAGGAUGGAGAAAUCUGGGUGAUGCAGCUGAAGGACACCGAGUAUGAACUGGAGAGCAGCAGGGAACGGGUGCAGCAGCAGGCCACAGAAAUCCUCCACAAAGCCAGUCAGAUUGGUUCCUUGCAGGCCACCCAGAUGGCCCAUGAGGCGACCAUCAGGAACCUGGACCAGGAGCAGAGUCGCCUCAAGGAGAAGAUCGGACGGCUGGAGGAGGAGAGGGAGGCGCUGCUGAACCAGAGUCAGGCCGCCAGCGACCAGCACAAGCAGCAGGUGCUCAAACUGGAGCAGUCUCUUCGGGAGGAGCAUCAGGGCUAUGAGAAGGAGCUCUGCAGGCUGAGGGCUCACUACGAGGAGGAGACGCUGCGCUUUAAAGAGGCUCAGGUCCGAGUGCUGGAGGAGCUGGAGGAGAAGCACCGGACGCUGAGGGAGGAGGCCCAGCAGGAGAAGGAGGACGAGAAGAAACUCCUUGUUACGAAAAUGAGUCAGGAGUUUGAGAUUAAACGUCUGUCCUUAGAGGAGCAGAGAGAUCGCCUUCAGCAGCAACUGGACAACUUGAAAGAGGAGCUCACGGCCAAACUCAACAUGGCCAAUCAGGAGGUGUCCCACCUGCAGGAGAUCGUGAGGGAGGGGGAGCAGAACCUGAAUUCGGCCCAGACGCAGAUAAACUGCCUGAAGGAAACCCAGGAGAAGCUGCGGAUAGAGCUGGACGCAACCAGAGGCCGCGUGCGAGAGACAAGCAACCUGCUCACUGACCUACAGGAGGAGAUUGAGACCCAGAAGCAGCAGCAUGAUGCCAGGGUGAUGGCCAUCCGCACGGAGGAGAAACAGAAGAUUGACAAGAUGGCAGAUGACUUGGAUCAGAAGUGGAGAGAUGCUCUGCGGGAGGAAGUGCGUUUGUUGAAGGAGGACCUGAGCGAGGAGUACGAAGCCGACAAACAGGCGGCUCUCAGUCGGCUUUCCCAACAGAAGGAGCUGGAGCUGAUGGCGUCACGAGAAGCCUGGCAGAGGAAAGUGGAAGAUCUGCUGGAGCAGAUAUCGCUCCUGAAACAGUCCCUGGAGCUCCAGCUGUCACAGUCUCAGUCCGCUCUCCAGCAGCUGCAGUCUCAAUUCAACCAGGAGAGGGAGCUGCUGAGCCAACAGCUUAAAGAGAUGCAGAGGGAACAUCAGAGGAGGGAGCAUCGGUUGCAGGAGGCCCACUGCUGCGCCCUCAGCACCAUGGAGGAGGCCCGACAGCACCAGAUCAGAGCUCUGGAGGAGCGUCUGAAGCAGGAGCAGAGGGAGGAGGUCCAUGCUCUGAAGGAGGCCCACAGGAGAACCCUGGAAAUCCUCAGGCAGCAGUCAGAGCAGGAGCUGCAGACGCUCAGAUUUGAACUGGAGGACGAGGGGAAAGCGAAGCUGGCAUCUCUCCGAGCAGAACUGAACCACCUCCACGCCACGGCCAUCGAGCACCUGAAGCAGAUCCACCUCAAGGAAAACAACGCAGCUAAGAGGGAACUGGAGAAGGCGAUGGAGCACAGCCACCAGCAGGAGCAAGAACUCCUGGUUCGCAUCUCCAACCUGCAGGCCGAGCUGUGUUCCCGUAGCAACCGCAUCACCGAUCUGGACCACGAAAUCCACUCUCUUAACGAGACCAUCGACACUCUGACCAGAGAGCUGGAGAUAAAGGGCAAAGAGGUGCUGCGAGUUCGCAGCGACGCCAACCAUCAGAUAAGAGCGCAUGAACAGGACCUCAUAAAGAGGCACGAGAGGGAUCUGGAUGAGCUGAAAGUGGUUCAUCACAGAGAGGUUCAGAUUAUGCUGGCUGACUUCAACAAGGCCCAGGAGGUUCUCAAAGACAAGAUUUCUGCUCUGCAAAUCCUGUUGGAGGGUACGGAGGAGAAGUUGAGAAACAGAGAAAGCCGACCGGAAGAUCUGCAUCUCAUCGCAGAGCUCAGAGAGAUGGUGACAGAAAGAGAAGCUCUGGUCAAGAAACUCGUCGAUGACAAGAAGUUCUACCAGCUGGAGUUGGUGAACAGAGAGACGGGCUUCAACAAGGUCUUCAAUUCCAGUGCCAACGUUGGUGUCAUCAAUCCUCUUAUCAAGUCAAAAACAGGCAGCCAAUCAGAUCAGCGCCUCACCAGCUUCCCUAGCCAUUCAGCUCUCCGAUUCGUCAGCCCUCCCACCAUGAGCCACGAAGGCCAGGAGGAGGGGAGGUGGGAGGAGGGAGAGGUAGGACCAGGAGGCCGCUUUGCGCUUCCUCACUCCUCCCUCCAGAGGUCCCUCCCAAGACAUAAGAAAGCCCUGCCACUGUUCAGCCCUCUUCCUCCUCCUUCUUCUUCUCCUCUACCUCAGCAUCCUCUUCCUCAUCCCCCACACCAUCCCAUGCCAAGCCUCGCUCCUCCUCAUGCUCCUCAGGAUCCCCUCGCGCAGCAUCAGGGCCUGCAGAGCUGUGGGAGCCUUCCUGAAGCCGGCGUUCCCACGCCAACCGACUCGAGAGGGAUCGAGGCAGAAAAAGUCAAAGAAUAUGUCCCAAAAGAGGAAGACUUGUACUCGCUGUACUUUUCUUUCUGACUGGCAAAAAAAAAAAAAAAAAACACCCCAGUUCUGUCAAAAAAUUUAAAUAAAGUAAUGGGACAGGGAGCUAAAGUGUGACGGUGAAUCAAACGGUGCGAUUCGAGUCGCUUGAUGGGUUGAGAUAACAGACAUCCGGUCCUCAUACGAGCAUUUCAUGUUUCCAGUCUGAUUUUUUUUUACCUUUGGGCUUCCGUACAUGAUGAGCAUGAAGAGGAGCAGUGCCUCAUCAUUAUUAAAAGAUUGUGAAUUUAACAAUAAGGUGUCUGUUGAAACCAGAUUAUUAUCUUCACUUUAUUUAAAAGUACACUUUUUUAUCUUGCAUAAAAUUAGAAUAAACUUUUAGCUGUUUCGGGUAAAUUAGAAUUAAAAAACCACAUUUUUCAUUUAUUGAAUGCCAGAAAUGGUGAGAAUUAAAAUUUUGUUCACAAAUUCGACCCCAAAACACACUGAUCUCUGGGACACCGAAGCCGUCUCCUUCCUGAACAGUGUAACAUUGAAAUGAUUAAAACUUAUGAACACGUGUUGGAUUAAAGUCUAGGAAUUCAGCCAACCACCCCAUACUAUUGAUUUUAUUGAUCUGAACAAAAUGCUGCUCUCUUACUGGUGAAUUUCUUCUUGAAACUCUCAUUUUAAGAGCAUGAACUCUCCAGUGUAAGAUUACCUGAACGGUGCAAGUUUUACUGAUUAACUGAAACUGAUCCAUAAUCCCUGGAAUGUGUUAAAUCGGCUUUACACGAUAGUGUGUGAUGGAUUCCCAUACCAUGAUGCCUAAAUCACCAUGUUACCCACUGUACUGUGGUUUGAGGUCUUUGAACAAACCAUUGGCAGCUGCUAGCCACAAAAAGUAAAAUCUUUCCUUCAUCUGCUCACGAAAGUCCAGGUGAUUUUUUUUUUCUUUUUUUUUUUUGGCAAUUGUCAUUUCAACAAUAGAUUCUUUGAUCAUCCUGGAGCUGAUUAUUGAUUUUGUCUUUGUCACUUAAUCGAUUGGUAAACUGACAAAACAAUUUUCUGUUGGUGUUUUUCUUUUCCAUUUGAAAGCAUUUCAGAUGACGUUCAGAGCGUUUUGUCAGGAACCACCCAUUUUAUUCAACACGUACAGCGUUUGUUGCCUUCAUCCUUAAGUCUUUUUAAGGAUUUUUUAAAAGAAAUGAUUGAACAAAAUCAGCUGCUUUUACCUCAUGACUGAGUCUGUUGGUUUUCUAUCACUCUACUACACCUAGUAAACUAUUUUCCAUGUGAUUGAUCUGUUUUGUUUCUUUAACUCGGAUCUGUCUGCCUGCUUGCUCAUGUGUGUAUUUCUGACUUCAUCAUUCACGUUGGUUCUGGUUGUGCUUUUUGGCCUCUGCAGUAAAAACUACACCAGCAAACAAACAACAAAGUAAGAGCCUCACAUCAGCUCGCUGUCCCAGUGCUUUGACUGUGUACAUACAGUACAUGUGUGAAGGUCGUUUUCAAACGUCAGAGCUAGCCGAGGGGCGCUCGGUUUACGCUUUCAGUCGUCCAUAACAGUCUCAGGAGGAGAAACGCGCAGACGAGCUGAACCAAGCGUCCCAUGUAUUUUUAUUAUUCCCACUAUUUGUAACGUAUGAACACUGUUUUUCCUGUGGUCUGUUUGUUGCGCCACAGGACCAGAGAUGCAAAGAGGAAGAGUUCUGCCUUUUUUUUUUUCCUUCUUUUUUUGUUAUUUAACGCCAAGGAGGGUUUAGUCCAAGUUUAAUGACAAGCAUCAACGUUUGGUGUCCGGGUCUGAACUCCUCUGCUGCAUGUCUCUGGCUGUGCGGACAGACCACAGAGCAUGUGAAAACAGACACACACAUGCUGCUCUCAUUCACUUGAACUACUCAUAUCUUCUCGGUGUACUGUCCCAUUUUUCUUUCUUAUUUUUAUUUUUUUUUACAUACUCAAAGGUUUACGUAGUCAUCGUGCUGGGCUCCAUUCAGAAAUCUGUGCAGUUUUUCCAAGCUGCAUGCUCUUCUUCAACCCAAAAGAGGCUUGGUUUGUCCUCGGAAAGAGUUUGAAACGUUUCAGUUCAGUCCGAUGUCUUCCUUUAAAGAGCAAGUAGAUGCCACAGGAAGUCAGAAAUCAAAAAAUCUGCUAAUUUAAACGUUGUCUGAUUAGACUCUUAUUUUGAUGUUUCAUUAAAUGAUUUAGCACCCUCCAUGUUUUUUGGCGCUCCUAUUCUUAAUAAUUACUACAACCAUCUGAAAGUAGCAUAGCGCUCGGAAAAACCAAAUCAUGACUUAGUUUCUUAGCGUUAAAUAGAUUUUCAAUUUAAACAGUUUUGAAUUUUCCCCACUCAAUAAGUGCAUCUCAUGGUUUUUCUACUUUUUUGAAGUCUUAAAGUGUUUACACAUCUUUACUGGAGGUGCCAAUAAAAAAAAAAAAAACAACAGAGGGUGCUGUCUAAAUUUUCCCGAGCCUAAUUCAACACUUCCUGAAACACUUUAAACAUCAUAGAGGACCCAGAAAUCUGUCCUGUAUGUCAUGAAUGAAGCAUCCAGUCUUUGAAGUUGUGCUGAAUGUGCUAACCUGGUUAAAUUGUAAAUACUUCUAUGUAAAAACGAAGGAAUAAAGGAGAGUUCAGAGGAUCUUAAUGGUAUUGAGGUCCAGAUAUACUGAACCACAGCUGGUUCAUUGCUCCAUGCACACUGUGAAGUUUAGAUUAAUUUAAUGACUAUAUAAAAUAUGGGCAUUUUAUCUUGGAUAUCUGCACUGUAAUGUGCAGAAGUUCUUAAUUUUUUUGCAUAAUAUAUUAUCUCAACAGUUUUUGCUUUUAAUUUUCCUCCUGAAGCUCCUAUUAUGAAUGGUUAAAGGACCAUUGGGAUUUUUGUAACACGUUUUCAAACCGUUAUAUUUAAUGUUUUAAGAUGUUGUUUAUUUAAUUGUAUUUUUUACUCUGUUAUUUAUUUAUUGUUUCAAAAGUUUACAGAACUGAAAUUAAUACGAUUGUUUAACUGAACUGAAAGUGGUCUGAAGUUAACAUGAAACUCAUAAUUGCAUAUCUGUCAUGCCCUUUUUGAAGUAAACACAUUGCAGUUAUAACAAUAUUUAUAUUUAUAUCACUUCUGUUGUAUGUUAUGGAACAAUAAAACACUGAUUGUGAGAAAUUAA